AUGCGCGCUACUCUCGUCUCCGCCCUACCGAUCGUUCGACUUGCAGGCACUCUUUUCAUGGCCUGGAAGCUUCUAUGUCUUGUCGCCAACUCGCCGUACCCGGCUAUGGUCGUUCUCACCGAGUCCAUGAUGCCCGCCUUCCAGCCUGGAGACGUCAUCAUUCUCUGGAACAGAACCGAAUACGUACAGGUCGGCGACAUCCCCGUCAUCUGGUUCACAGGCAACCCUCUCCCCAUGGUACAUAGAGUCUCCAAGACUGCCUUCGAGUAA